AUGAGCGGAAAAGAAAGACGGCGGAUUGUUGAAAAUAAUUUGGUCAUUUGGGUCGAUAGAAAUAUUGAUGAAACAAAUCAAGAUUGUCAAAAUUCACUGAUGCAAUUGCGUAGUGUCGUUAAUGCAGUGGAAACAUGCACCACAACAGAAGCGUGCAUUCAAUAUCUCAACGAAAGUAACGAAGAGACAGCAUUCGUCAUAUCCUCAGGAGCGCUUGGCCAAAGAAUGGUGCCAGAUAUUCAUGGUAUAUCAAAAUUAAAUGCCAUCUACAUCUUUUGUCCUAACAAAGAUCAAAAUGAAGAAUGGGCUAAAAAAUGGUCGAAAAUAAAAGGUAUCCAUACCUCAAUCAAGUCCAUAUGUGAAGCUCUGGCAAUGGGAGUCAAAGAAUCCAAUCAAAAUAAUAUAUUGGUUAGUAUUAUUACUACAAAUGAAGGAGGCUUCAGUGAAGAUCUUAAUCAACUGGAACCUACUUUCAUGUAUUCUCACAUCUUCAAGGAAAUUCUCCUUGAUAUGAAACAUGAUCAACAAGCCAUCAAAGAUUUGGCCACCUAUUGCCGAGAAUUAUAUAUGAAGAAUGAUGUUGAAACAAAAAAUAUCAAUGAAUUUGAAUACAAUUAUCAACCAUCACAGGCCAUUUCGUGGUACACACGUGAGUGUUUCACAUACAAAAUGCUCAAUAGUGCACUAAGAACACUCAACGGUGACAUUAUCAUUAGAAUGGGUUUUUUUCUUUGCGAUGUACACCGACAAAUAGAAGCUUUACACAAAGAACAGGCCAAUCAGUAUCAUAAGUCAUUUUCAGUUUAUCGAGGCCAGGGAUUAUCGAUUGUUGAUUUCAAUAAACUCGCACAAAGCAAAGGUGGACUGAUGUCAUUCAACAAUUUUUUAUCCACCAGUACAAAGCGACAAGUCUCCUUCAAUUUUGCUAACUGUGAAUCAAGAAAAAAGGACAUGAUCGGUAUUCUUUUUGAAAUGACCAUAGAUCCCAAGGUGUCAUCCACUCCGUUCGCCUCCAUUCGUGAGGCGAGCAAAUUUGCGGAAGAAGAGGAAAUUCUCUUUUCCAUGAAUACAAUUUUUCGAAUUGGUGACAUUCGAAAACUUGACAAUAACCGUCCACUUUAUGAAGUCGAACUUAAGCUUACAUCAGAUGAUGACCAAAAACUUCGUCAACUAACUGAUCGUAUACACAAAGAAGUUUCAGGUUCGACAGGCUGGGACCAAUUGGGUCAAUUGCUGCUCAAAAUUGGGCAAUUCGACAAGGCCGAAGAAUUGUAUACAGCACUACUUGAGCAAACUUUGAACGACAAUGAAAAAGCACAUGUCUAUCAUAUGCUUGGAAUGCUGAAAACAUGCCAAGGACAAUACAGAGAAGCAGCUUCAUUUUACGAAAAAUCGCUUGAAAUCUACCGGAAAACUCUUCCGGAAGAUGAUCCUUCAUUAGCUACUACCUACAACAAUAUUGGUCUAGUAUAUAACGAAAUGGGUGAUCGCUCGCAAGCACUUCAAUUUUACGAAAAAGCACAUAAAAUCUACGAAGAAGCUCUCCCACCAGAUGAUCCUGAGUUUGCUAAUUCCUAUAACAACAUCGGUGGAGUGUAUAAAGAUAUGGGUGACUACUCGAAAGCACUAGAAUUUUACGAAAAAGCACUUAAAAUAGAUGAAAAAACUCUACCUCCAAAUCAUCCCGAUUUGGCUAUUUCCUACAGCAACAUCGGUUCGUGGAAGAAUUUAAAACGACGUAUUGAAGAUUCACCACAAACAGUGAAGAAAAUUUAUAAAGAAGAAUUAAUAUCAUUAUAUACAACGGCACCACAAAUUACACCAUUUACAUCAAUGUUUCAUGAAAUUAAAACUUCAUUAUAUAAAGCAAGAAAUGCAAGUUAUCCACCUGCUCCACGUACAUUUGAUGAUGUUAAUGUCGAAGGAGUAUGGAGUAAAACUUUAAAUGGGGAACAAUUUGUUUUUAAUAAUUCAAAACAUCCAAUAUUCGGGACAUUAGAAUCUCAUAAGCAAUUAUCGACAAGUGAUAAUGAUCGUUUAUUUUUUGAUGGGAGGUUUAAAUCAUGCCCAAAUCCAUUUUAUCAAUUAUAUUCAGUUCAUUCGGUAAAUGGUGAAUUAUCAACAUCAAAAUUAUAUACUUUAUUACCUGAUAAAAAAAGGUCCAACAUACAUUUCCAUUUUUAA